CGUUGCGCUGGCCCAACGGUCCUCUCGUGGGGAGGGCCGACGCCGGUCGCGAGACGACGAGGAGGAGGACGAGACGGAGCGACUUGCUCGCUCGCUCCACCUCUCCCGGCCCAACAGCGAUGCCGUCGACCGCAGCAGUAGUCUCGCCCUUUUCCCAGGCCCACCGCCGCUAUGUCAUGCACCUGUACCGCCGGGCGUUGAAGGGAGCCCUCGACUGGUACGUGCGCCGCGACCUGUGGCGCAACAAGGCGAUCGAGAUCCGCGCCCAGUUUGAGCGCAACCGCGACGUGCGCGACCCGCGAGCGGUCGCCGCCUUGCUCAACGAGGCCGAGAAGGAGGUGCACAAGUUCUCGCACCCGGAUCCGUACCGGCCCGCAAUGUUCCCGGACGGAACCAAGUGGGAGCGCAACAUUCCGCCUCGCAUGUUCACCCAGGCCGAGAAGGACGCGGCGCUCAACGCGCACUAGACGGUUUGCGCGCGCGAGGAGAGGGAGGUCUGUACCGAGGCAGGGGCGGCAGGGGCAACCGACGUUUCCGUGAGUCGUGCGUCGGGGCGUCGACAGAGCGAGAG